AUGGAUUCUGAUUACGACGUUAUUUGUAAAUUAUUGGUCAUUGGUGAUAGCUCCGUUGGAAAGAGUUGUAUGCUGUUGAGGUAUAGUGAUGAUAGGUUUUUAGAGAAUCAUAUGGCCACUAUUGGUGUGGAUUUCAAACUGAAAAAAGAGACUGUCGGAAACUACAAGGCAAAAAUUCAAAUUUGGGAUACAGGAUCAAUCACUGCUGGAUACUACAAAGGAGCACAGGGAGUUUUAAUUGUAUAUGAUGUCACAAAUCGAGAAUCUUUCGAACAUGUAAAGAGCUGGUAUGAUGAAGUGAAGCAAAACACGCAAGAAGGCGUUUGUAUUAUUAUGUGCGGAAAUAAGGCUGACAUUGAAAAAGAUAGAGUUGUUCCAACUGCAGAAGGAGAAAAACUUGCAAAUCAACUUGGUAUUGCAUUCUUUGAAACAUCAGCGAAAACAAGUGAUAAUAUACACAUUGCAUUUCGAAAACUGAUAGAAAGCUGUAUAAAAAAACAGGCGUUGGGAAAGAAAAAUCUCUCAAGCAGCCCAAAUACUACUGCCCUCAAUGACAAUGAAAAGAAGCCAACAGAGCACGGAUGCUGUGGAUAA